CUCUCUCUCCACCUCUUCAAGCACACUCACUCACUGUUAUAGAACGGAAAUGGAGGCUAGUCCGGCGGCGUCGGUGGUUGUGGCACUCUGGAACGUUGUACGUGUAAUGGUGUUCAUGUUGAAAAAGGGAAUAGCCAAGAGCAAAAUAAAGUUCGAUCUCAAUUUGCUGGUGAAACGAGGGAAGAUCGCCGCCGGCAAGGCCAUCGCCAGCAGCCUUAUGCUACACCACCAUUACGCCGCCUUCACCUGCCGCUCCCACGACUCUCACCUCUCCUUCAUCUUUCCUAGCGACUACGAGUUCAGCUGCAGCAACAGCCCUGCCUUCCCCUUCCGCACCGUCACGAACAAGAAGAAGAGCAAGCGCAAGCGCUACGAAUACGACGACGUUUGCGCCUUCAAUGCCUUCCGGAAGGUUCUUGUCGAUAAUCUCGAGUUAGCGAAUUCGCCGUCGGUGGGGUUGCCUGGAUUCGGCAAGAGCCCUAUCGGAAGGCAACUCAGAAUCACCGAUUCGCCCUUCCCCUUGAAAGAAGACGACGACAACGACGGAGAUGCACAAGUCGACAAGGCGGCCGAAGAAUUCAUUAACAAGUUCUACACAGACCUGAAUUUACAGGGGAGAAUGGCUGCUUCCGAUUCACCUUAUAGUAACUUCCGGGACAGAUGAAAACAUAUUACAUAGCUAUUCAUUCAUCCAGCAAGCAACUUCAUCAUCUUCUUAGGGUUAUAAUCUUAUCUCUUGGAUUGAUUCAGCCUCAUUUCAAUGUUCAUACUGUAAUUUUUGGUGCUCUUCUGCCGGUAAUUUUCCCCAUUUUGUCUGCUCUGUUUUGUUUUUCGUGUUGCUGUCUUGAAAGUCAAGAUGAUUCAUGGCUAGUUAUCUGUGGCAUGUGGACUAGGAAUUUCUCUUCGUUCAAUAAAGCCUUGCACCAACUCCACGACUCUGAGAUGUUAAAGUGAACUAAAGCAAGAACGCUAUGUUCUGUUCAGUACUAUGUAACUUUGCGUGGGGAUUAUUUGUUGGUAGGGCCAGGCUUUAGUACUUAGUCCUUUAUUUUUUAUUUUUUAUUUUUUCCCUUUUGUCCUUCUUGUCCUUGAUUGCAAUGGCGGAUCUAGUGGAGUCUGGUUGAUAGGAGUUAUUUGUAGGUUUGGUUGGGUUGGAUUAUAUUGAAGUAAUUUAUAAUCAA